AUGAGGAUGGAGGCGUGGCGUGCCGAUGGCCUCGACGAAGUGAUUGCGGCGGCAGAGCACGCUGGGAAAGGCCUGGCCGACCCGGUAAAAGCGAUCGAGGACAAAUGGAUGCUUUUGCCGGCGUUCCUCCAGGUAAAAGGCCUGGUGAAGCAGCAUAUCGAUUCGUUCAACUACUUUGUCGACGUCGGCCUCAAAAACAUCUUGAAGGCAAACGAACGUGUGACGUCGGAUAUUGACCCAAAAUUCUACUUAAAAUACACUAAUAUCUUUGUGGGCCGCCCAGAGCGUGCGGAUCCUGACGCAAUAGACCGCAGCAUCACGCCACACGAAUGCCGUUUGCGCGAUAUUACCUACAGUGCGUUUAUCUAUGUGGAUAUUGAGUACACGCGCGGCGGCAAGAUUGUGCGCCGGAAGAAUGUGCCGAUUGGGCGCCUACCCAUCAUGCUGCGCAGCAACAAAUGCUGGCUCGCGGGCCAGGACGAAAAGAUGCUGGCGCGUAUGAACGAGUGUCCUUUGGAUCCUGGCGGCUACUUUAUUGUGAAAGGCACAGAGAAGGUGAUCCUUGUGCAGGAACAACUCUCCAAAAACCGCAUUAUUGUCGAAGCUGAUCCGCGUAAAGGGCUCGUGCAGGCGUCUGUCACCAGUUCCACGCACGAGCGCAAAUCGAAAUCGUACGUGCUCACAAAACACGGCCUCUUGUACGUAAAGCACAACUCGCUCCACGAAGACAUUCCGAUUGUGAUUGUUUUUCGUGCACUUGGGAUCCUGUCCGACAAGGAAAUUCUCCAGCUUUGUGCAGGCCACGACGAGAUCUACGCUGAGCUCUUUGCCGUGAACUUGGAAAAGGCCGCCAAGCUGGACAUUUUCACGCGGAAACAAGCACUGGAAUACAUGGGCGCGCGCGUGAAGAUCAUGCGCCGCGGUGUUGGGCUGCGGCGCGCGCCGAGCGACGAGGCACUUGAAGUGCUGGCCACUGUGAUUAUGGCGCACGUCCCGGUGGACAAUUUCGAUUUUCGGAACAAGGCCAUCUACCUGGCCGCCAUGGUCCGCCGCGUGCUUGUGUGUAUGGUCGACGGGAGCAUGGUCGACGACCGCGAUUAUGUCGGAAACAAGCGGUUGGAACUCGCGGGCCAGCUUUUGUCCCUUUUGUUUGAGGACCUCUUUAAAAAAUUUAACCACGACCUGAAGACCAACAUUGACAAGGUGCUCAAGAAACCAAACCGCACUGCUGAGUUUGAUGCGUACAACCAGUUUUUCUACCACGGGGACUACAUCACUGCAGGGUUCGUCCGCGCGAUCUCUACAGGAAACUGGAGUUUGAAGCGCUUCAAGAUGGAGCGCGCCGGCGUCACGCAUGUCCUGAGCCGGCUCAGCUACAUUAGCGCGCUCGGGAUGAUGACGCGGAUCAGCAGUCAGUUUGAAAAGACACGCAAAGUGUCGGGCCCGCGCGCGCUCCAGUCGAGUCAGUGGGGCGUGCUUUGCCCUUCGGAUACGCCCGAAGGGGAGGCGUGUGGUUUGGUGAAGAACUUGGCGCUUAUGACGCACAUUACCACUGACGUCGACGAGAAGCCCAUUGUGAAGAUCUGCUACACGCUCGGCCUCGAAGACGUCAACCUGCUCACCGGCGCGGAGCUGUACGAGCCGAACAUGUAUGUCGUGUACGUGAACGGCAACGUUAUCGGCGUCACGCGUUCUCCCCAGCGCUUUGUCGCCCAGUUCCGCUGCCUCCGGCGCGCUGGACACAUGAAUGCGUUUGUGAGCAUUUACAUCAAUUCGCACCACCACACAGUCCACAUUGCCUCGGACGGUGGGCGCAUAUGCAGACCGCUCAUUAUUGUCGAGUGCGGCAAACCGCGCGUGACGAACGAGCACAUGCUUUUGCUGCGCGAGAGAAGGAUGUUGUUUGAUAACUUCUUGACGCAAGGGCUGGUCGAGUAUCUCGACGUGAAUGAGGAGAACGACUCGAACAUUGCAUUGUUUGAGCGCAACAUCAACAGUAACACCACACAUCUCGAGAUUGAGUGUUUCACGAUCCUUGGCGCCGUUGCGGGACUGAUUCCGUACCCGCACCACAACCAAUCUCCCCGCAAUACGUAUCAGUGUGCGAUGGGUAAGCAGGCGAUUGGCGCGAUUGCGUACAAUCAGCUGAACCGCAUCGACACGCUCCUUUACUUGAUGGUAUACCCACAGCAACCCAUGGUCAAGACCAAGACGAUCGAGUUGAUUGGCUACGAUAAAUUGCCCGCCGGCCAGAAUGCCAUGGUGGCUGUGAUGAGCUACUCUGGCUACGACAUCGAAGAUGCGUUGGUGCUCAACAAGGCCUCGCUUGACCGUGGCUUUGGGCGGUGCCAGGUGAUGCGCAAGCAGUCGACUGUGCUCCGUAAAUAUGCGAACGGCACCUUUGACCGGCUCGCCGACGCGCCCGUGAGCGAGAGCGGAGAACGGCUGCGCCGCUUCGACACGCUCGAAAUGGAUGGAAUUGCCGGCGCCGGUGAGCGACUCGAGCCUGGCGACGUGUUUGUGAACAAGCAGGUACCGGCAAAUGCAAACGACAACAGUGCAGGCACUGUACAUACCGAUAUGUCGUACAAAGCCGCGCCAUUGUCUUACAAGGCGCCUGUAGAGGGCUACGUCGACCAGGUGCUUGUCAGCGACACGGACUCGGACCAGACGCUUGUAAAAGCACUCAUCCGCCAGACGCGGCGUCCCGAGCUUGGCGACAAGUUUUCUUCGCGCCACGGACAAAAGGGCGUGUGUGGUCUGAUUGUGCAGCAAGAAGACAUGCCAUUCACCGACCAGGGAAUCUGUCCGGACAUUAUCAUGAACCCGCACGGCUUCCCUUCGCGCAUGACUGUCGGCAAGAUGAUCGAGCUGCUUGCGGGCAAAGCCGGCGUGAUUGACGGCGCAUUGCAGUACGGCACGGCGUUUGGCGGCUCAAGCGUCGAGGACAUGUCACGCAUCCUCGUACAGAGCGGCUACAGCUAUAGUGGCAAAGAAUUUCUCACGAGCGGCACCACUGGCGAGCCGAUGGAGGCGUAUGUGUUCUUUGGGCCGAUCUACUACCAGAAACUGAAACACAUGGUGAUGGAUAAGAUGCACGCGCGUGCGCGGGGGCCCCGUGCUGUGCUGACGCGGCAGCCGACAGAGGGGCGCUCGCGCGAUGGCGGCCUGCGCCUUGGCGAGAUGGAACGCGACUGCCUGAUUGGGUACGGCGCGACGCAACUGCUCCUCGAGCGGCUUAUGGUCAGCUCCGACGCGUUUGUUGUGGAUGUGUGUGAGGACUGCGGCUUGCUUGGGUACAAUGGCUACUGCAGCUACUGCAAGAGUCCCAAGCAUGUCGUCAAGCUUACCGUCCCGUACGCGACCAAGCUCCUCUUCCAGGAACUCAUGGCAAUGCAAGUCGUGCCUCGCCUCGUGCUCGAAAAUGCAGUGUAG